AAAAGAUUUCGGAAAUAAAAUUGCUGGAGCUAGUUAAAAUGAUGGAUAGAAAAAUAAACAUAAAAGUUUACCGAUCACCUCUUGCGGUAUUUCAACCAUUUGACGAAAGUUUAAUGUCAAAACUUCGAAUUAGAGCAAAAUCUUUUCCAGAGGAGCUCUUGCGGGAAAGUUUUAACACAAAAAACGCUAAAAACGGGUGUUAUCAUCCUCCCGCCAUAAAUCAUAAACGUUUAAUGAGCUGCGGUGAAAUACAAACAGCUUUAGUUACAAUGGCGAUUCAGGAAGGAAAUGUUAUUCAACUUUGGAGACUACUAUCUCGCAAAGAUUCUGACCCCAAUCAUGUUGACGGUUUUGGUCUACAGCCAAUACAUUACGCGUGCAUGUACGGUGAGUUAGACAUUAUAAAAAUACUCUUACAGCACAGUGUAGACGUAAAUGCUAAAACUUUAACAGGUGAAAAUGCUCUUGAUAUCGCUGUAAAAGAAGGCAACUUUGAAGUUGCUCAAUAUUUGAUUAAUAAAGGAGCAUAUGUAACCACCAUUGUUAACGGAAUUAAAGGGGUAACCUGUCAAUCAAAAGAAACCAUUAAACCUAAAGUUACCACUGGUCGAUCACAAAGGUCAAUUAGUAUGAUGAGCUCAUAUGCCUCUUUCUGACAGUAAUAAAAAUAGAUUAUAAGAUGUUUAUUAUUAUUUGAACAGCAUUUUAAAACUUUGUUUUGCAAACUUUAUGACAAUCGUUCUGUGAAGUACAGCAGAUUUGCGAAAUAUCUGGUUUUUAUUGACAGUUUAAUAUAUUAUAAAAAAAGAGAAAGUUUUUAUUGACUAUCAGUAAAAAUUUCUUUUAUUUUUUAAAUUAGAUUUUUUAAUCCUAAUUAAA